UUUCACUAACUCAUUUCUUGCAAGGAUUUUCUUUUUAAAAAUGUAGCUAGCAACAAAAAAAACAAUCUUCCAUUUUUUUAUUUGUUAAUUCUUUUAAUUUAUGCUGUCAUCUCACUUGUCUCAAAUUUGUUUCUCUUGCAGGGAUCCAUUGGGAAAUUUGCCUGCAGAUCUCAUCAGAAAAUGUACAGAUUUGAUGGACUUGAACUUUGCCGAAGGUCAGAGACUAAGAACCCUCAACAAGAACUGGAAGCUAGCGUUACCUUCUUUCCGUAAGGGAGCUUACAGAGAGGAAAGGCCUUGGUUGCUUUACCGUGAAAGGGGUUCCGGAGAGACCCGUUUCUUUGACCCUGUGAGAGAGAGGGUACAUCGUGGGAACGACCCACGUCUUGCAGAUGCAAGAUUCUUGGGAUCAACAUUGGGUUGGCUUGUUAUGUCCGAGUCCUUGGACUUAAACCCACGCAAAACCCACCAAACUUUCCUGUACAACCCGUUCAUUUCAGAACUGCAGCAACUACCCGAACUCACCCUUGAUAGCCCAUAUCCCACGGGUGUACUCCGUUACGGUGUACUCACCGGAAAUCCAAGUGACAACAACACUUAUGCUUGCCUCAUAACAGAUUACUUGCACGAAAUUGGUAAUCGGAGGGAUACUUAUACGCUACUAAUUUACUAUGUAGCCAAGACGAGCGGACGAUGGGAGCAGAAUUGGUCCGUGGCUUCUAUGCUAGUCGUUGGCAUUUUCGAUACUUGGUAUAUAGAGUCCAUCUCCCCAUCUCCGGACAAAAUAUCAAUUGAAAUAUGGCCCAAACGUUAUGACUUCACCUUCCAAACCCAAGAGUGGAAUGUCUCAAACUUUAUUCCAGUGGAUCCUAUCCAAUGGGAUCCUUUCCACGACCAAUCUUUAUAUCAUGUGAAACAUCGACUUCAGUUACCAGAAAAUCCCUCUACUCUAGCCAUAAUUAUCGGCACUUCAACUGAUCGCACGAGAGUGCGCAACAAGAUUAUAGGUGAUCAAUCUGAUGAUGAUGAUCCUAGGGCUUCUGAUCACAUUAUUGACGGAGUUUGGGUUGAGGUUCGCCCUUAGCCUGAUGUUCUUCUCUUUAUAAGUAUAUAUAUCUACCUCAUGACUAGUUAAUUAUUUCUUCGUUUAAGUAUCCUUUUACUUUGUGUAAGUUUAAGAUUUG